AUGGACUAUUGCGGAAUGUCGGAGACAUUCCCACUUGUUGCAAACGAUCAGACAUUUCUCAGACAGGUUCAUCUAGAACUGUGCAGGAUAUUAAGAAAGCUGUGCACCAGUUUUGGCAUACAGGUCACUUCAGAAAUCGGAACUUCCGUCAUAAAUAUCACUGGACUUUUAUAUAAUUUGUACCUUCACUUGUUGUAUCAAAGACAAAACCAAAGCCCGUACGACUACACAUAUAUAACAAUCAUUUUAGCCACCUUUUACAUACUAAAGAUCGUUCUCAUUAAUGGUGUUUGCAAACACGCGGCCGACGAGGGAAAGAAAAUUAUUGAGAUCAUCCGCCAGAUUUACGGAUGCUGCCAGGAUACCGAUAUACGAGAGGAGAUUCAGCAAUUUGAUCUACAGAUAUCACAGAACCCGGUGGAAUUCUUCACGUUUGGCCUCUCCUUAAAUUAUCAGCUUCUGACUUCGUGUUUGACAACAGUGACGACUUAUAUGGUUAUCAUGGUUCAGAUGAGCAUCUCUAUGGAAUCAAGUAAAAAUAGUUGA